GGAAGGUAAUGUUGUGAUUCUGCACCGUCUGCUAAAGAACUUUUCCAUUUAAACAAUUGUUACUACUGUUAUGGAGCUAAGUAAAUUGGCUUUAGAUGGCAUUUCUACAGCAGGGAAUACCACUGAAAUUUCUGAUCAAUCAUAUAAUCUUAUAUUAAAUGAUAUAUUCGAAACUACUACUUCUGUUAAGAAUUUAAAAGCUGGAAAUAAAAAUAAUAUCAGAUCUUCUACAGAAAAAGCAGCACAUAGUGGGUUAUUGAGUCUUGUCUUAGAAGCCGCAAAGCAUAAUGUUGAUUCUUCUUCAAUCAGUUCUGUAUUGGAAGAUUGUAGAUGGGAUGUGAAUCGAAUUUCCUCUUUUAUAAAUAAAUUUCAGGAAGAUAAAGAAAAAAUUCAGUCUGCCUUAUCAAUGAUUGGUAAAAGUUAUAAUCACAUAGUAGGUGUUCAGUGGCGCCAAGAUUUUAGAAUAAAGUCCAAUAAUUGUGAGAAAAUAUGUGAACCCAGUUAUAUUAUAUCAUUAGAAGCUUGGAAUCCACACAUCAAUUCUGGAGAGGAUAUCACUUUCAGCUGCAAUAUGGAACAGCUAGAAGAUUUAGUCUUGAAGUUAAAAGAUGCUACAAAAUGUAUCGAAAGGAAUGCAGUUUGAAAUUGCCUUUUAUACAGAAAUGCCAAACAAAACUGUGUCUCUGAUUUAUACAGUGAACAAGUUGUUGAAUGGACAGCAAAUUAAGAACAAUUAGAAUGAGAUGAUAAUAUUAUGUACUUUGUAUGUGAAUGUGUUUUUUUAAUCCAAGUUAAAGAGCUGAUUUAUAUUAUUUAUUACUGAAUAAAUGUAAUAUUUGCAGCAUA